CUGAGGAUUUCGCCGGACCGUAUUUAGCGUGGCACGCUGUCAUAACUGCUAGUCGAGGGGCUGUAAAGCUCUUCGUGGGAGCAAAGUUGUCAAUCCGAGGUGACUUUUUCAGGCUUUUUGUCAAUUAAGAACUUGUCGUGUUGUCGAUGUGACUGAGCAGAUAGGGGUGACAUAAUGGAAGAGGAAGAUGACUGUCCAGAGUUGGUGCCAAUCGACAGCCAGCCUGGUCCCCCAGCUCGGCAGAUCCCCGUCACCAUCAUCACCGGCUACCUGGGUGCCGGUAAGACCACGCUGCUGAAUUAUAUCUUGACGGAGCAACACAACAAACGGAUUGCAGUCAUUCUCAACGAAUUUGGAGAAGGGAGCGCUCUUGAGAAGUCGCUGGCAGUGAGCCAGGCAGGGGAGCUGUAUGAGGAGUGGCUGGAGCUGAGAAACGGCUGCCUCUGCUGCUCUGUCAAGGACAACGGGCUGAAAGCCAUUGAAAACCUGAUGGAGAAGAAAGGAAAGUUUGACUACAUCCUUUUAGAAACAACGGGACUAGCUGACCCAGGAGCCGUGGCCUCCAUGUUUUGGGUCGACGCAGAGCUUGGAAGUGACGUCUAUUUAGAUGGCAUCGUGACUGUCAUUGACGCCAAGUAUGGGCUGCAGCAACUAAAAGAGGAAAAAGCAGACGGACUUGUCAACGAAGCAGCCAGACAGGUUGCUCUUGCUGAUCUCACCAUCAUCAAUAAGACAGAUCUGGUGGCGGAGGAGGAACUGAACCAAGUCCGAGACACCGUCAGGUCUAUAAAUGGUCUCGUUAAGAUUCUGGAGACCCAGAGAUCAAGGGUGGACCUCUCUGCGGUGCUGGACCUGCAUUCAUUCGACUGUCAGGAUGGAGCAAAGCUCGCUGAGAAGCUGCAGCUUGUGAAAUCUGCCAAACCACACCUGGACAAGAGUAUUUUGACUGUGACGUUUGAGGUUACUGGAGAACUCUGUGAGGAUGCCCUAAACGCCUUCAUCCAAGAUCUGCUUUGGGAAAAGAAGUUCUGUAACAAAGCGGGGAAACCCAUGAGUGUCAUUCGGCUGAAGGGCAUAGUAUCGUUUGCAGGUAAAGCCCACCAAGUGAUGCUGCAGGGGGUCCACGAGCUAUACGAGCUUAAUGAGACUCCAGAGCUCUGGGAGGAAGACCCACAUACAAACAGGCUGGUCUUUAUAGGAAAGAACCUGGACAAGGACGUUCUGCAGGAGAUUUUCAUUUCAACUGUUCUGAUGAAUGGAGAAACAAAAUAGUUAAUGUUUGUGUUGUAAACGGUUAUGGCAGAUUUCAUAAACCUUUUUUGUUUUUGUUUUACUCAUUUCUAUGGGUGAGCGUAUGGGAAGUUGACAUGUAAAGAAACCCUUGUUUAAAACUUCUUUAACCUGUGAUAAUUUAUCACAACCUGCUUUAAGAAAAACUAGAGUUUGAAAUGAUGGAAAACUGUAGCUAUAAAAAAUGCUUAGACUCCUUAAGAGGGUGGUUAACAUAUUGUGCUUUUUAAAAGUGGCUUUAAAUGAACCUGCUAGUGUUUAAAAUUCUGAGACCCUUUUUAGGUUUACAUCCAUAUAUCAGUCUUUUAUCAAUUAUGUAUUUUUGAAUUAAUUUAAAUAAAGUUUUCUUCUAAACUUGG